AUGGACGAUCCCGCGCGCGAGGCCGCCAAGGCUGAGUGUCUCGACUGCGCCUUCUGGGGUGGCAUCCGAGGCGCCGCCCUCGGUCUCACCGUCUCCGCGCCCCUCACCUACGCCGCGCACGUCAGGUUCAAGACGAUUCGAAGACUCACGGUGAGCGCCAAGACGGCGCUCGUGGUGUCGCCCUUCUUCUUGGGAUUCUUCUUAAACAGCGAGUUGGAGCUCCAUCGGUGCGUGUUGCGGCAGAGAGGGAUUCACUGA